AUGUUUUUUUAUUGUAUAAGCUUAAUUUUGGUGACAACAAUAUCUCUUGUCCAUGGAAUCAUUGUGAAUGACGGUGAUGACUUACCGGACUUGAAAUGGCCAUCUAAAUAUUUCGUAGAGGGGGAAAAGUGGGCUAUAUCCGGCUCUCGAGUUGAAGAUUUUCAAUAUUGGAGACAAGAUAACAUAUCACGAGUGGAUUACAAUAAUGGUGUAGUUAAGACCUUUGCUUUUAAGAAAAAGAAAAAUAAGAAGUAUGGUAUUAAAUACAACAUUUUUCCGAAGACAACUGAAGAAGUUGAAAACAAAAUGUUUUGUACAACUGAGGUCGGUUCGCGCUCUUCGAGGAUUUCCCUAGAUGAAAUCCUUCCAGAUGUGGAUGAAUUUAUAUACAAAGACACUGUGUCAACCGAUAAAGAUAUUCAUGAAUUCUUCAGCUUUAGCGAUGAUGAUUUAGAUACACCGAAAGAGGAAAGAAAAGUUUUACAUGCGCAAUUAAAGGACAACGAAACGUGGAUACCGAUUAAGCUAAAAGUGCAAACUUUUAAUACAUGGCUUGGAGCGUUGACUGAACACGUAAUAUGGUAUUUUUAUAAUUUUCAAACGGAAUUCGAUGAUGAUGUAUUUACUGUAGAAAACUACUGUAAGAAUCCUCAGAAGGUACACAAAAAAGAACCAGUCAUUGUGUCAAACGAUAACGAAGAAUACAUGGACUCCGCCUUUGAAUCCUUCAAGCAAAAGCAUAAUAGAAAUUAUAAAGAUAAGGAUGAGCAUGCUUUAAGAAAGAACAUAUUCCAAGAAAAUCUGAAGCGUGUGUUAGCCAACAACCGUAACAAUACUGGAUUUAAACUCGGCAUAAACAAAUAUUCUGACCGUACACACGGCGAAUUGCAAAAGCUGAGGGGAUUGAAGCGAAAUAAAAGGACUCGGGGCACAGUAGCGUUUCCGUACAGUGCAUCGGAAAUAAAACAAAUAUCGUCAACAUUACCAGAGGAGAUUGACCUUCGAUUGUUUGGUUUUAUUAGUCCCGUUGAAGAGCAAGAAGAUUGUGGUUCUUGUUGGACCUUCGGCACGACCUCCGCCGUUGAGGGUGCUGUUGCUCGCAGCAACGGCAGACUCAUAAAGCUUAGCAAUCAGGCCCUUUUAGACUGUUCUUGGGGAUUUGAUAACGAUGGUUGUGAAGGUGGUACUGAUACCGGAGCAUAUCAAUGGAUGAUGAAGCAUGGAUUACCGACUGAAGAAGAGUACGGACCCUACACUAAUAAGAAUGGCCUCUGCCGUAUCCAUAAUAUGACGUCUCUUUAUCCAAUUCGAGGAUAUGUCGAUGUCACACCGUAUAGCGUUGAAUCUUUAAAGGUCGCAUUGUUAAACCAUGGUCCACUUUCUGUGUCUAUGGAUGCCACAGAUAAGGUUCUUUCAUACUCAGGAGGGAUAUAUUACGAUACUACUUGUGAACCGGAAAAAUUAAAUCACGAAGUAACCUUAGUUGGGUAUGGUCAAACGGAUGGUGAGGAAUACUGGAUCAUUAAAAACUCCUGGGGUCGUGAUUGGGGCAUAGAUGGUUACCUUCACAUCUCGACUAGGGACAACAGCUGUGGCAUUACUUACGAACCGACUUACCCCGUACUAUGA